AGAGAGAGAGAGAGAGGGAUUUGGCAACAGAGGGAGAGAUAGAGACUGGAAUCGCCAGCUCGUGUACCAGUCGAGAGAGCCAGUGGUGAUAGUAACACAAGCAGGUGUUUAGAGAGAGAGGGAGGGUAUGGUCUUAUUCGUGGUCCUUUGACAAACACAAGAGGACGCCAUGGAGGAGGGGCAAAGACACGCAGAGGGCUCAGACAUGGCAACGGAGGGCUCGAGGAGGAGGCCAAAUUCCGUAAAAAGGAAGGCUGCUGGUUCUGGUUCCUCAGGCCCUUCAAAACGUUCCGCAAAGGAUCACAAGGCUCCUCUUGCAGCUCUCCACAAUGGGCCGUGCACCAGGGCUCGUCAAUCUCCCAAUAAAAUGCCGGUUCCAUUGCCUAAGGCCUCCGAGUCUCUGCUAAUUCCGCCCAAAAAUGAGGUUGCGAUGGUUGGAAAGGAGGGUUUACUGGUGAUCGGAGAGGCAAAGGUAGAGGAGGAAGAGAUGCCAGAAUCUGAGUCACCGGUGGACAUGGAAUUUGAGGUCAUUAGAUCCAGGAAUUUGAAUGCUCAUGUAGUGCCUACUCCUUCUGGUUGGUUCUCAUGGACGAAGGUCCACCCACUGGAGGAGCGGGCCUUAGUUUCAUUCUUUAAUGGCAAGUCAGAGAAGAGAAACCCUGAUUUAUACAUGCACGUAAGAAACUCAAUCAUUAAGAAGUUUCACAAUGACCCACAAACCCAGUUGACCGUGGAAGACUUAUCUGAUCAAUCUAUUGGAGAUUUCGAUGCUGUGCAUGAAGUAAUGGCAUUUUUGGAUCAUUGGGGCUUAAUAAAUUUCCACCCUUUUCCACCAAAUGAGACUCUGCUCAAUUCAAAUGAGACUUCUAAAAUCGAUAAAAUGGCAUUUUCACUAGAGAAAUUGUAUCAGUUUGAAAAGGUUCAAUCUCGGUCUGUCCCCAAGGUAGUUACAAAAGGAGGGUUAUCUGCUCCAGCUGUUCCACCUCCCAAUAUGCUUACUGAUUCUUCCAUUCCUGAUGUUUCGGCGAGGCCGGAAGGACCUGCUGUCGAGUACCAUUGCAACUCGUGCUCUGCUGAUUGCUCUCGGAAACGUUACCAUUGCCAGAAGCAGGCAGAUUUUGAUUUAUGUUCUGAGUGCUAUAAUGAUGGAAAGUUUGGCUCUGGCAUGGCACCAGCAGAUUUUAUCCUAAUGGAACCUGCAACUGAGAUGCCGGGUGUCAGUGGAGGAAGUUGGACUAAUCAGGAGACCCUUCUGCUUCUUGAAGCCUUGGAACUUUAUGGAGAGAACUGGAAUGAGAUCGCUGAGCAUGUUGCCACAAAAACAAAGUCUCAGUGUAUUUUGCAUUUCAUCCAAAUGCCUGUUGAGGACCCUUUUCUUGAAGGAAAGGAACCUACUGAUAUGAGUAUCCAGGGGGCUCCCGACACCGGUUCUACAAGCAUAGAUGUAUCUCUUCCGGAGGCUGCCCCACCAGUCAAAGGCACAGAUUCUGAGGAGGCCCCUGAAUCUUUAUCAACUGAACCAACAAAGCCAAAAGAAGAAAUCGAUGUAGUUGAGCCAGCCAAAGAAAGUGUUGGAAACUUUGUGCUUGAUGCGCUGAAGAGGGCAUUUGAGGCUGUGAGAGCCCUUUCUAGACCAGGAGGGUCACUUUCUUUUGGAGAAGCAGGGAAUCCUGUUAUGGCGUUGGUGGCAUUCUUAGCUGCCAUGGUUGACCCUGAAGUUGCUACUGAUUCAACCCGCAGUUCUAUGAAGGCGAUUCUUGAAGACUCUCCUGGUAUUCAACUUGCUAUGAGGCAUAGCUUCCUUCUUGAAGAUUCCCCUGAGGAUGUGAAAGAUCCACCUGCCAGCCAGAGCACCACUCCUGAUACAGUUGAUGUGGAGGUCCAGAAAGAGGAAAACCAUUCAUCAACUGUGAAAGAGGGUGAAGCAAAGAAGAAUGACACAGUGAACUCUGUGUCUUUAAAGGACAACAAAGAUCCUCUUCCUAACAAUGAAUUAGGCCAGGCAGUCUCUCCAAGCUCAUUAAAGGAAAGAAAAGAGGACCCAGUACCACCAAAGGAAUCUGAGGACACGAUUACACCACCUAUGUCAAUGGAAAAAUCGGAUAAUGUGAUUCCUGCUAAGGAAUCAGGGGAAACAACCAUGCCGAGCUCAUCAAAAGAAAAUACAGAGAAGGAUCCUUCUAUAAAGGAGAACAUGGAGAAGGCUUCUCCUGUAGAGGAGAACACAGAGAAGGCUGCUCCACCUAUAAAAGAGAACACAGCAAAGGCUUCUCCUAUGCGGGAACCUAGUGAAACCGUUUCAUCAAGCUCAUUACCAGAUAACAUGGAGAAGCCUUCUACUUCGAAUGGAUUGGAUGAAGCAAAUCCACUGAAGACCUUAUCAGAGGCCACAGCAGGUCUAGAUAGGGCAAAGGCUGUGGAGAAGAUGGCUGAAUCAGUUCCUUCAGAAGCACAAGUGCCUCAGCAAAGAGUUGUUUCUGAUUCAGCACCAGAAGCAAAGGAAAAUACAGGUGAGGAGAAUGCAAGAGAAAGAAAUAAGACAGUUGAGAAUAACUGCAAACCUGAGAGUGAUGCUGCGAAAGAAACCAGUAACAUAGACAAUAGGAAGCCCAAUGCCUCAGUGGAAUCCAAAGAUGGUCACAAAGAGGAUAGGCUAAAACAUGCUGCUCUAAGUGCGCUCUCUGCGACUGCCGUCAAGGCAAAACUUCUUGCGAAGCAGGAGGAAGAAACAAUUCAGCAGCUCGUCUUAUCAGUCAUUGAGAAGCAGUUGCAAAAGUUGGAGGUUAAGAUGGGUCCCCUCUUUGAGAUGGAGAGAGCGAAUAUGAGGAUAAGGGAGCCAAUCGAUAAGGCACGACAGAGGCUUUACCAUGAGCGAGCCCAAAUAAUUGCAGCACGAUUUGGAUAUCCUCCUCCGACAUCUAGGGCAGCAGCAUUAUCAUCAAACCCAACUGGCAAGACUCCUCUACCGAAUUCUAACACAGUUUCUUCACAGCCACCAAUAGCUAAUCCCCCAAGGCCAACUAAGCCAUUAGUACCCGCUUCAUCUCUUCUAAGCUCAGCAACUGGACAUGCAAGGUCAAGUCAUGUGAUGAGCCAAGAUGGCCUUCCUUCUACAAGACCAAACUUACCAUCUGUUCCUAAGGUUUAGGAUUUCCUGUUUAUUUUGCUACCUGUUCUUCGAAUUUAUGGCAUCUUGCAUGGAGUCUCCUACUGAGAUUGGCUCUGGAAGAGGUUAUGGCUGAUUAAUUUGUGCUUGAAUUGGGGCACAAGUUGUAACCUGUUACGCUAUUUGGGAUUUCAAUACUGUAACUGGUAAAGAGGUCCACUGGUAUUUGUUGUGGCUCUUCUCACCCAACAAUGUUUUGAUAAAUAUAUGAAGUGUUAAUCUCAUUCUUUGGAUUUCAUUGAAUUUUUUCCUUUUUAUCUUGUGAUCUUUGAUCUCUCUGUUCUUUUCUUCAUGCUCGAGAAGGAGCUCUAAUUAUGAAGCAGGCCUUUAGACCCAACCCAACCAGGAAGAUUGAACUUCUCCAAAGGAUCAUCACAGACAGGUGAAGUUUCAUAAUUGCGAUUGUUUGUUUAUUACUGUUAAUUGCAUUAUAAUAGUUUCCAUUUAAUUAUCAUAGUAAUAAAUUUGGAAGAAAAUAAAUGAAGUGCUCUCUAUAGGGAGUGAGUUGUUGCUCUGCACCUCAGGAAGUUGUUUGUGUUGUGGAUGAUGCUAUGACCUCUGAGUGAGAUUGGGGAGUUUUGAGGUAUAUUUGUUAUUAUUGAUGUUCAAACUUAACUAGUUUGAAUUUAUUGAACACUGGUGUUGAGGUUAUCCUUUGAUAGUCGAUAUCGAAUGAAUCCAACUAUGUUUGUAAUCUACCUACAAUUAGGCAAGAGUCUAUUUUUAGAAUCUCCAA